AACCCGGGACACUGCGUCUGUACUUCCAAUCGUUCGGAUCUAAAUUUAAACGACCUCGCGAUGCGCCCGCGCAGUACCAAACGCCGCGCAAAACGCGAACGUAGCACAUAUUAUAAUUUUCGAAUCGAAUUAACGAAAGGGACCACCUAAAUAAUAAUGUUAUUGUGAUGUGAAGCGACCAUGAAGUUUUCUAUAGAUGUACUUGGAGUGUUUUUGAAAAUUGUUAUUAGGGUAAAUAGAGAUACAUUCGCACCUCUAGUCGUAUCAACACUCUUUAUCCUACUGACAUCGAUACUAGCGCAUUGCGCUCGACGUCUGGUGCAGAAUAUCGUGAAAGAUCCCUUCGUCAGAUUACUCUUUGAGGAGGCAAUAGCAGCAGCUGAAUUAUGUGGCUGUUGCUUUGAGUUGAUAGUCGUUGCUGACAACUUUGGUGUAGCCACAUACGCGGUUUACCUUUUCGCACUCACUAUCUGGUGGUCUCUGAACUGGGGAGACGCAACAGCCUGCCCCUAUACACACAUUGAAGAUGUUAUUGAAGGUCGAGGGGAUGUUCGCAAAGCCAUACUCAAGAUUUGGGCGGAGUUGGGCGGCGGCAUGCUUGUGUUCAAGUACGUGCAAAUGUAUUGGGCGCUAGAGAUCUCUGACACGCACAAGGACAAGGCUGUGGAGGACUGUUCGGCUGAUCUACAGGUGCCCGUGUUAUUUGGCGCCUUGGUGGAGGGCAUAGCGACAUGUUUAUGCAGACUGGCAUCGAGGGCCUUGGGUGAUCUAAAUCCUAGAUUUGCCACCGCAAUCGACGCCUUUAUUGGCACCUCACUAGUUGUAGCCGGGUCACUGUAUAGAAACACGAUUUUGACCUACAACUAUCAAGAUAAUCCGAAUGCCGACAUCUACUUGUCAAUUUCAUGCAAAGUUCAUUUAGGAAGAGCUUUCGACUAUUCCGGUGGCUACUUCAAUCCUGUGCUAGCAACGUCACUGAAAGCCGGUUGCCAUGGACAUUCGCUGUCAGAAUUCGCCACUGUCUACUGGGCUGGCGCGUGCGCUGGUUCUAUUGUCUCUGUUUACCUGUACAAACUUCCAAUAAUUCAGGAGUACGUUCGAGGAACGACCGAGGUCAAUGGAGACAGUAUCUGGGCUGGAAAAGAAGAUUAAAAUGGUUUUAUAUUGUCGAUUAUAAUUGUUAUAAUGAAUCACCCAUCCUAAAUGUAUACAAGGGCACAGUUUUUCAAUUUUGUAAUAUUAUUCAGUUACUAAACAAGCCCUCUAUUUUGCUCCGCGGUCUACGCGAUCCAAAGAGAGUCUUGGUCUCCGAAACGAAAAA